AUACCAUCGCUUCAAAAAUCGUGAACAGAAUUUCGAUCGGUUAAGUGCCCGUGUAGUGAAUAAAUUAAUAUUUUCAUUAAAAUUAGUACGAAAAAUGUGAAAAAACCGGUGCUCCCGCGAUGUCGAUCCCGCUCAAGUACGGUGCCAUAAAGCAGGCGUUAGUGCCGAAAAGUGAUUUCAAUCGCUACCUGGUGGUGUUCAUCGCAGCGCUAGUGCUGCUGGCGCUCUGGUUUGGGGGCAGCUCGGUGUCGGAAGCGGACGGCGAGCGUCUCUCGCUGGACCUGGUGGACAUUCCGCAGAUCGUGCUCGAUAAGGAUGCGGAGUUGGCACGGGCUCGCAACAGGAACUGCUCCUACUGGGACUGCUUCAAUGUGUACCGGUGCGGGCAGAGGGGCCUGGCCGGGACCGAGGAGCACGAGCGGAUCUCGAUUUACGUGUAUCCGCUGAAGGAGUAUGUGGACGGGGAUACAAGAAAGCCCGCUUUCCAGCUUACCAAAGAGUUCUACACGAUACUGAAGACGAUCGUGAACAGUCCGUACUAUACGGCGAAUCCGAACGAGGCCUGUCUGUUCGUGCCCACUUUGGACACACUCAACCAGAACCGGAUCGAUGUAAAUCUGGUGGGAAAGGCACUGGCUUCGCUACCAUACUGGGAAAAUGGCGAGAACCACAUACUGUUCAACUUCAUAGCCGGAUCGGCACCCGAUUACAACACGGUUCUGGACGUGAACACCGAUCGUGCCAUGAUCCUCGGUUCUGGAUUCGACAGUUGGACCUUCCGCCCGGGAUUCGACCUGCCGAUGCCUAUGUUCAGCUCCAUUCUCGAGCACCACCGAUUGAACGCGAUGAAUACGGAUCGGAAGUUCCUGUUGGUUUCAUCGCAGUUGAACAUCUUCCAGCGACAGUACCGGAUCAUGCAGGAGUUGACCUACGAUUUCCCGAAUGAGCUGCUAUUGCUGCAGCGUUGUCCCACGACGACCGUCAAAGCGGAAGAGAGCUUUGAUGCUUCGAGGCCUAUCGAGACGGCGAGUAGCCCUGAGGAACUGAUCAAGUCGAUCAAGGAUGUUCGCUGCAAUUUCCCGCAAGGUAACGAGUAUGAAUACCCGGGGGUUUUGGAAAGUGGUCAGUUUUGCUUGAUAGCUCGGGGAGUCCGAUUGUCGCAGCCGACGCUGAUGGACGCCUUAGCGGCAGGAUGUAUCCCAGUGAUUAUGGCGGACAACAUGAUCCUUCCUUUCAGCGAAAUCAUUGACUGGGACUUGAUCUCGAUUCGAAUCUAUGAAAAUAAUCUCCACUCAGUAAUUACCACUCUCAAAGCAGUAUCCAAAGAACGUAUUCAAGAACUGCGUGCACAAGGAGCAUACGUCUACGAUCGGUAUUUCUCCAGUCUGGAGAGGAUCAUUUUGACGACCCUCGAUCAGCUGAACGAUCGUAUCUUCCCACAUCUCAGCAAAACCUACAUGCACUGGAACGUGGCCAAAACCCAACAUUCCACUCAGAAUCCCCUAUUCCUGCCCCUGAUUGCACCAAAGUCCCAAGGCUUCACGGCCGUGAUCCUAACCUACGAUCGAAUCGAGAGCCUCUUCAUCCUGAUCCAGAAGCUCGCUACAGUCCCAUCGCUCCAGAAAAUUCUAGUCAUCUGGAACAACCAGAAAAAGUCUCCGCCGCAUCCAUCGCUAUUCCCGAAGAUCGGGAAACCACUCAAGGUGAUCCAAACCACGGCCAACAAACUCUCCAAUCGGUUCUACCCCUACGAAGAGAUCGAGACCGAGGCCAUCCUCACGAUCGACGACGACAUCGUGAUGCUCACGGCCGACGAGCUCGACUUUGGCUACGAAGUGUGGCGUGAGUUUCCCGAUCGGAUCGUCGGAUUCCCGUCGCGGACGCACGUCUGGGACAACGCCACCAAUCGCUGGCGGUACGAGUCCGAGUGGACCAACCAGAUCUCGAUGGUCCUGACGGGGGCCGCCUUCCAUCACAAGUACUGGAGCUACAUGUACACCAACGCCAUGCCCGGCAACAUCAAGGAGUGGGUCGACGAGCACAUGAACUGCGAGGACAUUGCCAUGAACUUCCUGGUGGCCAACGUGACGAAUAAACCGCCGAUUAAGGUGGCCCCGCGGAAGAAGUUCAAGUGUCCGGAGUGUACCAACAACGAGAUGUUGUCGGCGGAUUUGAACCACAUGAUGGAACGGUCCGCUUGUAUCAAUCGGUUCGCGGAGAUUUAUGGGACGAUGCCGCUGAAGACGGUGGAGUUCCGGGCAGAUCCGGUGCUUUUCAAGGACAACUUCCCGGAGAAGUUGAAGCGGUUCAACGACAUCGGCAGCCUGUGAGAGAGGUUUGCGGCAUUUAUAGUAGGUUUUAAGCUUUGUGGCGCGUGCAGUUAUCGUGUAUUUAGCAGAUCGUUAUGCUGCUGUAGUAAGUUCUCAUAUCAGCGUUUAGUCUAAUAGAUAUUAGAAAGUGAUUAAAUGUAUCUCUCUA